ACCUCCCAUGUAUAAAAGAUAAAGUUCUGUUUGAUGUUUUACAGAACAACCGUAAGUUCACUUCAAUUCAGCUCCAAAAGUGCUUCAUCAUGAAAUUGCUCUUAGGACUCUUCCUCAUCUCUGCGGUUCUCUACUCGGUUCAUAUGCUGCAGUGUCUGACCUGCGACACUUUAUAUUGCGAGAAGCAAUCUUUAACAAACUGCUUUUCAAAUUACUCUUGUGCCACUAUACAGACUAGACAAAUGCAUCCAGGUCUUAAUUAUACAGUUCUCCAGAAGUUGUGCCUACAGACUGACAUAUGUGCAUACUAUGAUGCAAAUGGUACAACAUUCACGUCAUCGUUUGGUAUUGGACGAACAAGUUACACUUUGACAGUUUCCUGCUGCAACACUAAUGGUUGUAACAAUGCAAGUAUUGAUGCACCAAACAAAACCCCAAAUGGACUGAAGUGUAAAUCAUGUGGUGGUAUUUUUGAUUACAAUUGUGAAAAUUUUGAUAUGGACUGCAUGGGAAGUCAGGACCGCUGCUUUAGCGACAAAGCUUCUUCAUUACCAUUUGGCUUUGGAUAUGGAAAGAAUCACACAUUACGAGGCUGCAUCUCCAGGAAUUUCUGUAAGCCUUCAAAAAUCUGGGAUGUGAACUGCCUUGAAGGAACAUUCAUAAACAAUCGUGUCUCUUGGAUGAGUGAAGUCAAUUUCAGUCUCCUGCUUCUAAGUCUGAUUACAUUUGUAUUACUGUUUUAAGAUAACAUGACAAUAUGACCAAAAUAUAUACCAUUUGCUCCUUGUGCCUAUAGUGUGAUUUAUUUGCCACUAUGAUAUAAUGCAAAUAUAAGUUUUGUUUUUCAUAUUCCCCAGUUCCCUGCCCCAGAUUCCCGUCACUGGUUGUUGCUGUUUUGGGCAUGUCCGGAACUGUGGGAAUUUGAAUAGGGUCUUGUUGUUAGAUUAGUAUUUACACAUUUAGGGGAAAUGGAAAUGAUUUUUAGUUAUGGCUACAUGCUAAGAUGUAUUGAGAAUUUUGUAUAAAUGCAUUUUAACAAUAAAAUAUAUACACACAUAAAUAACACACAAAUGACAGCAUUAAAUUAAAAAACUAAACACACACUUUUUACGUGUACAAUAAGAGGUACAUUAUGUAAACCGGUUGGUUUGUUGUAGUUUUUUUUGUUCUUGUAAGCUUUAAUUUGUUUUUAAUUUUAACUACUUGUUUUUAAAAAAAAUGUUUAAAAUAACUGCUAACUUUGAGAACUGGAUAAAAUUUGACAGACUGGAACAGAAUGAUUGUAUUCAACAGAAGUUUCUUUUAAUGCAGUGUAUUUAUGGUUAGCAUAAUCUACAAUAUGUCUGACAUUUAUACAAUAAAGUGACAUUUUGUGGGUAAGAUUCCCUGAUUUGUGAAAACAAAUAAAAAGUACAAAUACUUUUGUAGACAAAAUUACACAUUUGGCAAUAUAAUACUUGCCUAAUUUUGUUUAUUAGAAAACUAAAAGUAGAUAAAAAUUUAAAUGGAUAACUUUAAUACUAAAGAAAGCAGUCAAUAAGAGCCAGAUUAGAUCUAAACUCCUUUUUUAAAUAUUCUUUCGAUUUCAUCUCAUCCUCAUCAUCUAAAUAUUAAUGUUAAUGUAAAUUGAAUGAUAACGCCAUCUGCUGUUUUGGAAUGCAUGGUCACAUCUGUUAGAAAAUCAAACAGAGAAUCUCAGCUGCAUUUUCUCUCAAAUUGCCUUUUGUAUUUGCAAAGUGUUUUCUGUUUGUUUGAAAUUUGAGUUUUCUUUGGAGUAAGUUGCAUUUGUUUGUUUACUUUUGGCACAAUAUUUGCUCUGUAAUAUGUUCAAUGUUCAAUUUAUUUAUAAAGCACUUACUGUAUUAACAAAGUUGAUCACAGUGCUGUACAUGAAACAAUGCAAAACAACAAUAACAAAUUUAAAUCCUAAAUUAGUGAAACCCCAACACGCACUCAUUUAAAAUCGA